AUGACGGAAACGAGCAGCGUGAAAGAAAUCGUACCACCUCAACUAGAUAAUUUACUCAAACUUGAUCCCUAUCUUGAACCAUAUCAAGGUGAAAUCAAGCGACGUUAUAAUGUAUUCAAAACGAUUCUCAAUCAAUUGGACACAGAAGAAGGAGGACUCGAUAAAUUUACAUCAGCGUACACACACUAUGGUAUUCAUGUUGAUUGUCGUACAAAUGAAAUAAGAGCAAAAGAAUGGGCACCUGGUGCACGUGCAAUGUAUCUUCGCGGAGAUUUCAACAAUUGGCAAGAAAAACAAUAUCCAUUUACACGAGACGAAUGGGGUAUAUGGAGAUUAACAAUUCCACCUUUAGCAGAUGGAACACCAGCAAUAAAACAUGGUCAAAUCGUAAAAUUGCUUAUUGAAACACCUGGUGGUCAGUUGGAAGAUCGUAUCUGUCCAUGGUCACGCUAUGUUCAGCGAGCCGAAAAGGCCAACACAUAUCACGGUGUUUUCUACAAUCCACCUGCUGAACAAGUAUACAAAUUCAAACAUGAACAACAGAAAAAGAAAGAACGACUGAAAAUCUACGAGUCACAUGUCGGUAUCAGUUCAUGGAAAGGAGAAGUUGCUACCUAUGAAAACUUCCGUCUUAACGUUCUUCCACGAGUUGUUAGACAAGGCUACAAUACAAUUCAAUUGAUGGCUGUUAUGGAACACGCUUAUUAUGCUAGUUUUGGUUACCAAGUAACAAGUUUCUUUGCUGCUUCAAGCCGAUUUGGUACUCCGGAAGAAUUGAAAGCAUUGAUCGAUGAAGCACAUGGUCUCGGUUUAACCGUUCUACUUGAUCUUGUGCACAGUCACGGAUGUAAAAAUGUGUAUGACGGUAUCAAUAUGUUUGAUGGUACCAAUGGCUGUUUCUUUCAUGAUAAUUCGCGUGGUUAUCACGAUCUUUGGGAUAGUCGCUGUUUCAAUUACAUGCAACGUGAAGUUAUGCGAUUUCUUCUCUCGAAUAUUCGAUAUUGGUUGGAAGAAUUCAAAUUUGACGGUUUCCGUUUUGAUGGUGUUUCAUCUAUGCUCUACCAUUCCCAUGGCAUUGGUCAUAGUUUUUCGGGCACAUACAACGAAUAUUUUGGUCUAGCUACGGAUACUGAAUCAUUCAACUAUCUCCAAUUAGCUAACCAUGUUUCACAAACAUUAUAUCCUGAAUCGAUAACGAUUGCUGAAGAAGUAUCAGGAAUGCCAACCUUAUGUCGUCCGAUUGCUGAAGGUGGUGGUGGAUUUGAUUAUCGUUUAGCUAUGGCGAUUCCCGAUGUUUGGAUCAAAUUAUUAAAAGAAAAAUCAGACGAAGAUUGGCAAGUCGGAGAUAUUUCAUGGACUUUAGUCAAUCGUCGUUGGUCGGAAAAGAACAUCGCUUAUUCCGAAAGUCAUGAUCAAGCACUUGUCGGAGAUAAGACUAUUGCACAUUGGCUAUUUGAUACUCAAAUCUACACCCAUAUGUCGGUGUUGUCUGAACGUACACCUGUUGUUGAGCGUGGCUUAGCUUUGCAUAAGAUGAUUCGUUUGUUAACAUAUGCCUUAGGUGGAGAAGGUUGGCUGAAUUUCGAAGGUAAUGAAUUUGGUCAUCCGGAAUGGCUGGAUUUCCCUCGCGCUGGAAACAAUGAUAGUUAUCAUUAUGCUCGCCGUCUGUUUUAUCUAAGUGACGAUGAAACAUUACGUUACAAGUAUCUCAAUGCUUGGGAUCAAGGUAUGAAUGCCUGCGAAGAACAAUAUAAAUGGCUUGCAGCAAAAAACACAUAUAUCAGUCGACGACAUGAAGGUGAUAAAGUUCUCGUGUUUGAACGCGGCGAUCAUGGCUUGUUAUUCAUUUUCAAUUUUCACACACAUAAAAGCUUUCCUGACUAUCGUAUUGGUUGUGCUCGAUGCGGAAAAUACAAAGUCGUACUCAACUCAGAUUCGAAAACAUAUGAUGGCUUAGGUCGAGUCAGUGAUACUCAAGUCUUCCUAACUGAAGAUACAAAAUGGGACGAAAGACCCUUUUCAUUCAAAGUCUACACUCCGUGUCGUACUGUUUUAGUGCUGGCAUUGACCGGUGACGUGAAAUAG